CGGGGGCUCGCAGGAGCCGGCGCAGCCGCCCCAGCCCCCGCGGGGGACGGUGCCCGGGCUCCGGCGCUGCCCGGGCCGGCUCGCAGCGGGGGUGUGCUGGCGGGGAUCCCCCCCCCCCCCAUCCCGCCUUCCCCCGCCCGCCCUGCGGCAGCGCUCCCGGCCCCGGCAUGGCCUCGGGCAAGGCGGCGGGGGAGCGGCGCUGGGAGCUGGUCCGCUGGUACGUGCGAGAAGGCCGGUUUCGGAUUGAGGAGAGGACGCUGACGGCUUUCCAGUGGCUGUACUCGCCCCACCAGCACCGCAUCGUCAGCCGGGCGGACCUGGGCUCGCCCAGCAGGAUCGACAAGACAAUGCUCGCCAGCCUGAAGAUCAAGAAACAGGAGCUGCUGAACAGCACGGAUGUGACCGUCCCGGAGCGGCCGCUGUCCCCCCCUCUCACCGCCCCGCCGACCAUGAAGUCUGCAGAAUUCUUCGAAAUGCUGGAAAAAAUGCAGGCACCAAAACUUGAGGAACAGAGAACUGGAAGCCAAAAACAUAAGGAAGACUACAUCCCGUACCCCAGCAUCGAUGAGAUCCUAGAGAAGGGCAGCCCGUACCCGCUGAUCAUCCUGCCCCAGUUCGGGGGAUACUGGAUCGAAGACCCGGAAAACCUCGGCACGCCCACCUCGUCCGAGAGCAGCAUCUGCGAGGAGGAGGAGGAGAACCUCAGCCCCAGCACCUACGGCUACAAGCUGGAGUGCAAAGGAGAGGCCAGAGCCUACAGGAAGCAUUUCCUGGGGAAGGAUCACUUAAAUUUUUAUUGUACAGCCAGCAGCCUUGGGAAUCUGAUCCUUUCUAUUAAGUGUGAGGAGGCAGAUGGCACUGAAUAUUUAAGGAUUAUACUCAGGUCCAAAGUGAAGACGCUGCAUGAAAGGAUCCCCCUGGCAGGAUUUAGCAAGCUCCCUAGUAUCCCCCAGAUUGCAAAGGCCUUCUGCGAUGACGCCUCCGGGCUGAAGUUUAACCCGGUUCUGUACCCCAAGGCAUCCCAGAUGAUAGUGUCUUAUGAUGAACAUGAGGUCAACAACACGUUCAAGUUUGGUGUGAUCUAUCAGAAGUUCAGGCAGACCCAAGAGGAGGAGUUGUUUGGCAAUAAUGAAGAGAGCGCUGCCUUCAAGAACUUCCUAAGUUUUCUGGGAGACACCAUAACACUCCAGGACUUCAAAGGUUUUCGAGGAGGUCUGGAUGUCAGCCACGGGCAGACGGGAGCAGAGUCUGUGUACACGGUGUUCAGGGACAGGGAGAUAAUGUUUCACGUCUCUACAAAGCUGCCUUUUACCGAAGGAGACACACAACAACUCCAGAGGAAGAGGCACAUUGGCAACGACAUUGUGGCAAUUAUCUUCCAAGAAGAGAACACGCCUUUUGUCCCAGACAUGAUCGCCUCCAACUUCUUGCACGCCUACAUUGUCGUGCAGGUGGAAAACCCCGAGGCAGAUAACACAACAUACAAGGUGUCGGUCACGGCCCGGGAAGACGUCCCCUCCUUCGGGCCGCCCCUUCCGAGCCCGCCAGUAUUCCAGAAGAGCCCCGAGUUCCGGGAGUUCCUGCUGACCAAGCUCAUCAACGCCGAGAACGCCUGCUGCAAGUCCGACAAGUUUGCGAAGCUGGAGGACCGGACACGGGCUGCCUUGUUGGACAACCUUCACGACGAGCUCCACGGGCACACGCAGACCAUGCUGGGGCUGGGGCCGGAGGAGGACAAGCUGGAGAACGGGGGUCACGGAGGCUUUCUGGAGUCUUUCAAGAGAGCCAUCCGGGUGCGCAGCCACUCCAUGGAGACGAUGGUGGGCAGCCAGAAGAAGCACCACGGCGGCGGCAUCCCGGGCAGCCUCAGCGGGGGCAUCGCGCACAACAGCGGCGAGGUGACCAAGACCACCUUCUCGCCCCCCGUACCAGCAGCUGCUGCCAAGAACCAGUCCAGGAGCCCCAUCAAGCGCCGUUCAGGGCUGUUCCCUCGCCUGCACACGGGCUCUGAGAGCCAGGCGGAGAGCAGGACAAGGUGCGACAGUGUUUCUGGAGCCCAGAAGACACCAGAUUUGGGACAUUCUUCCCAAGAAAUGAAAUCUGAAACCUCGUCCAACCCAAGCUCCCCUGAAAUAUGCCCCAACAAAGACAGGCCGUUCAUUAAGCUGAAAGAGAACGGGAGGUCGAACAUCUCCCGUUCCUCCUCGAGCACCAGCAGCUUCAGCAGCACGGCAGGGGAGAGCGAGACCCUGGAGGAGUACGACAGCGUGGGAAGCCAGCCGUCUACGGCAUCGCCGUUCAAGCAGGACGUGUUUGUCUACAGCGCUUCGCCCGGCAGCGAGAGCCCGAGCGUGGGGGCUACGGCCACCCCCGUGAUCAUGAGCAGGAGCCCCACAGCAGAUAUAAAGAACAGAAACUCUCCAAGGUCAAACCUGAAGUUUCGCUUCGACAAGCUCAGCCACGGCAGCUCCAGCACGAGCCACUAGCAGGAAGAAGAAGUCAUGAACUUGUAAAAGGGAAUUUUUGUUUCAACAAAGGGAAAACUCUUCAACAUCCCGUGGGAAAAUGCACGCCCCGGCCGCGGGCAGCGAGGUGCCCUCACCUCCCGGCUGCCCCUCUGCGCCGGGAAGAAGCUCUCACCUUGCCGCGAUCUCUGCCCCGACAGGGACCCAGCCGCCUUCCCACCGGGUGAACCCCUCGCCAGCAAAUGCCCCGCACCCCUCCCUCCGCGCCGCAGGAGGAGAUGUGUCUCUGACUGCGUGGCACACGCGUGCGGCCGGGGGCCGCGUCCCCUCCGCGCUGCCGUGCUGUGUUGCCCGGCGGGUGCCCGUGUGUGCUGCGGCUGAUGGGUACCAGGUGGGCACCGUCCAUCCCCCCUCCUGGCUCACCAGCCGGCUCCUCUCGGGCAGGGGGGAAGCAGGACGGACCCCCCGCACACUUCAGGUCCUUCCAUGUUUUAUUUGCAGUUAUCGGUGGGGAAACAAAGGUUUUUGCGUUUGUUUUUUGGAAAGGCAGGUGGUCAGGGCAAAAUUACGUGUUUGCUUGGCCCCGGGGCAGUUCCCUUGCCCCAUCGUUUGUCGUCGCUCUCCUCUGUUUGGAGGCAACGGGGCAAAAUUUCCCCCCACGGUGCUGCCCGGGCGGCUCUUGCCAGCACGGCGGCGGCUGCAGCAGCUCACCAGCUGCCCCCCUGCUGCCUCCCCCCUCAGCUCGCUACCCACAUUGCAAAGUUGUAGGGCAGAUGCAGCCUCUUAAUCCAUACUUAGUUUCUGGCACAAGAGGAGGACGUGCGAACCGGUCCCGGGGGAGCACAGCUGGUGACUGGGGCCAACUCAUCCUCUCGGCAGCUUUGGAAAUGGUUUAUAUGGCCUCCCUGCUUUUUCCCUGCCUGAAACUCUGAGCACAGGCCUGGAAAAGAUUAACCGAAGCUAAAGCUGUAGUAUAUCUAAAUACCAGAACUGGUACUCAGAGUGAAUUUACCCAGUGGGCUCUGCUUUACCCUAUGGGUUGGAUCACCAGGCAAGCAAAUGCUAAAACUCCAGAGAUGUGGAAGGCAUUAGGCUGCUCCACCCCUUGCAGAAUCUGUCCUGCUGCUUUUGAAUGUGCUUUUGUUUAUUUUGAAAGACAAGGAUUAGGAAUUCUGCAAGGUGGCUUCCCUGUAACACCCUUUUCCAAAAAAUACCUCUCUCAACAUGCCAAGAAAUCCUUUUGCUCUUUUAUGGAACUUCGCCUAAAGUUUACUGAAGUCUGUCCAUGAAUUUCACAUUGCUCAUAGAUUUCCCUUAUCAGUUUUCUGAAAGACACACUGCAAUGCUGCAGAGAUGCUCCCUCCCCCCUACCAGAAUCUGUGACCUUUGCAAAAACCCCCAUGAAAUAAGGUUCUCAAUCUCAAGUGAAAGCAAUUCUUUGAAUUCAUGAUUCCUAACGAAAACAGAACUUUGAGUGCCAAAGUUAACUUUACACAGCUGGAGCUCCAAGGGGCACAAAAGGAUCUGACAGCCAAUUUUAGGAGGCGCAUGCAGAAUUGCACGCCUGGAAGCAGCCCUGGGCAGCCGCCGUGGCUGCGGCUGCUCCCAGGAGGAUGCACCUCUCUCUGGGGGCAAGUGCUUGUCGAAGGAAACCAUCACCUCCCCUGCGCCCCGUCACCUCCCCUGGACCAGAGAAAAGCCAGCCGAGCUCUGCUAACCGAGGCUCUGCGUGGUACUAUCUGACAACCUUACUGUUCGGUUUGUAUAGGUGCUCCCACUUGUGCAUGUAAUUUCUCCAUUUGAAAAGAAAAGGCUGUAGCCCUAAUGGGAGAAAUCAGAUGAAAGGAGGAAAAUGCCUUGUGGGAAAGGCAGAGAACAGUUUCACAGGCACUAAGCGCACUGUGUAGGACUGGUAAAUACCAAUAACCACCAGUGGGGACAUUCCCUCCUGCUUUCAGUGAGUUGCAUUGAAAUAGAGUUUGAAUCUUGAGGUUUUCUUUGAAAGAGGAAAAGCACAGUGUGCUUAGCCUGGUCUGUAGCUAGCUCUAGGUGUCUCAGGUUCCACAUAUUUUGCUCUUCAGCACUUCUGUCUGAUGAUGCUUCAGUAGCACUUUCAAACCAACCCCAAGUUCUUCCCUUUAGAAGCUUUUGGUCUGGUUUUCUUAUGCUGCGCAGUGAAAUACUGACUGGUGCAACGACUUGCUUUGAGGGUGUGUUCUUGGUUUUUGCUUUUUUUUCCCUGAGAAGUUGCUUGAUUCUGUAGAUGUUGUCAUUCGCAUGGGUGAUGAUCUCUGUGAGAUCUUUCAGCAGAAGAUGCAGUGGCUACUAUCAGCUGAGGUUUUCAUUUUUGUUUUUUGUUGGGUUUUUUUUUUAACUUGAAACUGUGACUUUCCUUUUUGACCUAGAUUGAUUUGUAGAAUUAUUUGAAUGGGAUUAACAGGCAGGCGGGACAGUGUGAAGCUUCAGGGAGAGAGAUGCAGUGCGUUGGACUUGCCUUUCCCUGCGCCAGCCUGCUGGAACAGCAGCGGGGCCCGGAGCCGAGGUCUGGCACAAGGUUUGCCAGCGGCUCCUGCGUGCUCUGGGACAUUUUCAACAGCACUCCUCCAGGCUGGUUGUAAAAACCUACUGCAACAUCCUUAAUGGCAACUGAGCUUUUAAAGCUCCUGUCCUAGCCAAGCUCUAGCGUGGUUUCUGCCUCCCUGCACUGCCUUGCAGCUGUGUGUGCGUGGCGUGCUCCUUUCAGCCCCUGAAUUCUCCCGAAUUGUCCCGUAGGAGCGCUGGGGACUGACCAGCAGUUGCGUUAAACCUCGGAGACAUUUCCAGCAGUGGGUAAAGGUGUUUCUGUAUAUAUAUUGCAAAAUGUUUUGUGCUUGUAAGUGACACACACACACAUAUAUAUACACAUACAGAAAAGUGAUUUUUUUUUAAUAUAUGUAUGUAUAUAUAUAUAAAAGAAAGGAUCCUUAACUGACACUAAAAUUAUUGGGCAGUGCAUUUUCCCGUCUGAUCCCCACCGUUUCCAUGCACAUAACUUCUCCCAGACUCGGAAGCGACUUUGCAGAGGGAGCAGGAGGGGGCUCAGAAAUGGGGCUGGGGGAGGAUCGGGGGAGCCCCCGGCUGUGUGGGGAGGUCUCUCCUGUCACGGGGGGCUGCUCCCCUUCUUGCUGGGGUUUCGGUCCCCCCGCUUGCUCCUGCUGCACCCUGGCUGCCGCUUGGCUUGGACCAGUUCAUGAGCUGGGUGAGAGGCAGAGGCAGGUGAGGUCCAGGUCCACCUCCCCAGCGCCGGUGCUGCAGGCUCCGAGUCCUCGCAGCGGAGCGGGGAGGGAAUCCUGCUCCCCUCCGCCAGCAUCUCCUGCGUUAGCUGUGGGGACUGGUUUGCAGCUGCGGAGAGCUGGCAGCGAGAUGCUGCUCCGUCUGGGCUUUUAUUCAGGAAAGCACUUAGCACGUACUCGCAUCCUCUUGAAAUCCCACAAAGUCAAGCACAGGAUUACACUUAAGCACAACAUCAAAGUGCUUUUUUUCUGAGCAAAAAGGGGGGAUCCUAAGCACAAACUCAGUUUCUUUCCAGAGUUUUGAGGGUCUUCAGGAACGGCAGGUGAAGGGGCCAGGAUACGUCACUGGCACAAAUGGGCUUGUUAACCUGGGCUGAGGUUUCUCGGCUGUCUUCGGCUUGACUGCAAGAGGUGCUUAGCGCUGAUAACUGCUUUUAAGACCAGCGCCUGGUCAGAGCUCAGCACCUCUGCAGAUCAUACCUUGCACUCACGUUGCUUUGCUGAUGUUCCAACUUCUGUUCCGCUAGAGCUGGCAAAGUCUGUCAUUCCCCAGUCCUAGAGCAUGCUUUCAUUAUGUUUUAAUGAAUGUAGCACUGCGUAUAUCCUGCAAAGGGAAAUGCUGAAUUUAUAUCAUUAGAAUGUGAAGAGAGUUUAUAGAGUGAAAAUAAAUCUUGAAGAAAUGUAUCUGACAAAGUUUAUUUUUUAUGUAGAGAGGCGGUGCUUUGUAGUUCCUGGUGGCCUAUGUCUGUUGUAAAUAAUGUACAUUUAAUUUAUUGCUAUGGUAGCAGAUUGUAUUUGUUAUAUAUAAAACUAAAGGUUCACAAAUGUAUAUUUUGUUGCUUAACUGUGUCUUUGCAAAAUUCACAAUAAAUAACAUAUUUUGUGUC